UUGCUUAUAGAUUCGACAUGUAAUGCACGUGUCAAUUCACUUUCAAUUGAGUUGCUUUCAUAUAUACUUGUUAAAUUGUGAUAAGAGGAAAUAAAAGUCGCUUAAAAGUUAGGACAGAUAUUUAGAAGCAAAAUGUCUAUAAACGAAAAAGAUAGUGGUUAUAAAGUGAUAAUGCACUUGCGGUAUAGUGAAUUAACAAAUAAGAUUUAUCCGCCGGCGUUUUACCUGAGCCGCCCAAAAAUACGUGCCAUCUACAAUGUAACCAGCUGUGACGAAGUUAUUGAUUGCGUACAACUUCCAUACUUUAAAGAGCCAAAGGCAACAUCUUAUCCUUUAGAUUUGAAUAAGGGAUUUGAUCAAUUCAUUUUCCGUCGGAACGCAGAGCCAUAUCAGCUUCUGAAUAAAGUCCAAAAAUUUGUUUUAGAGUCGGAAGAAAACGUAUUGAAAUUGAAUGCUUCACAAAACACACAAACUUGUGCGUCGAGUGCAACAUCUUGCCCAGAUAAGCAAUCGGCUUUGGAGCCAACACGUAAACAAAUUUUGACCACACGUGGAUUAUUGGCUCGUGUCAUGCUUACUCCAUAUCGGUUGAAGGGGUCUGAAUAUAACAGUAUGACGUUUUACGGUACCAGAUAUUGUGGUAUUCUUUACCUGACUGAUUCGAAGUAUGAAUAUGAUGGUUUAAAAAAAUCUUCAUAUCAUUCAAAAUUUGUGCAAGCGUGCUAUUCUGAUUCACCCGAUUUGGAACCCAAUACCAAUGUGCCUGUGGACGAAAAUAACAUAAUUUUUAGUAUUUAUCAGACUACAUUGAAAGAAUUCGACCUAAUCUAUUCAGCUGAAAUUCAGGGUAUAAUUUCAGAUCAUAAGAUUAAUGAUAUUCAUAAUUUGGAUGAAAUUAAUGAAUGUAGAUUCGUGUUGACGAAAGUAGUCCCGAAGAAACCAAUCGGAGAUAUUUUCGACCAUCCGAAAUGCAUGCUUUUCUGGUUACAGUCAUAUUUGGCAAACGUAAACGAUAUCUUUAUUGGUGUACGAAAUUUGGACGGUGUGGUGAAUACUCCAGUGCAGAUGAAGCGAGUUCAGGAUAUGCCGAAAAAUCGAUCUUGGCAGCCGCAUAUUUGUAUACGAUUUCUGCACACCAUGUUAUCCUUGGUAGAAGAAACUAUGGCCAACGUUGACUGCCCAUAUACGACUUACGAAUUUAAGUAUGACUCCUACGCAAAAUGUAUUAAACUGAAAAUUCAUAAUGGUAAAUCAGAAUACUCUCUGUUAUCGGAGGAAUAUAUUAAAAAAUGUAAGGAACGAACGAAUUUCAAAUAAUUUUACUACAAACUCGGACGAUGGCUGUAACAGCAAAGUUUGAAAAAAUGUCAACAAAAAAGAUCUAGUUUCAAGUCAUUUCUUACAUAUAAAUGUAUGCAUGUAUACAUAUAAUUUUCUACAUAAAACACCAGUUAUAGCUUAUCCUUUACGAUUACUUAAUAAUUACAUUGUGUUUAAUUUUUUUGGUUAUCAACAUCAAUAAAUAAACAAAAAAAUACCCAUA